AUGUCCACAACGCAAGUCUCUUUUGCUGAGCUCCGCAGGCAUGACAAGAAGGAGGAUUGCUGGAUCGCUGUGCACUCGAAAGUAUGGGAUCUGACCGAGUUCAUUGAUGAACACCCAGGCGGAUCGGAAAUCCUUCUCAAGUGUGCAGGUACCAACGCAACACAUGAGUUCGAUGCGGUCCAUGCACCCGGGAUACUCGAGGAAAACCUUUCAGAUGAUAAGCUGAAGGGGAUAUUAGAAGAGGCAAGCAGUGAUGUACCGCCCAAAGGUGCUGUGAGCGAGGCCAGGGAGAAGAACGAGGCAUCGCAUGAACAAGAUUCCCAAACCAACCCAGAGUUACAUACUCUGAUCAACGCAGCAGACUUUGAAAGGGUUGCCAGCAAAUCCCUGACCCCUAAAACGUGGGCUUUCUACUCGUCAGCAGCUACAGACCUCAUAACACAUCAGCAGAACAAGGCUCUGCUGCGACGCAUUAUGAUUCAACCACGAAUUCUACGAAAUGUCAAAGACGUGGAUUUUCGUAGGAAGAUACUUGGUCAUAAUAGCAAUGCCCCCUUCUUCAUAAGUCCAGCCGCUAUGGCCAUGUUGGCCCACCCAGAUGGUGAACUGGCUCUGGCAAAAGCCGCAAAGACCGAAGGAAUCAUACAAUGUAUCUCAAACAACGCCUCGUAUCCUCUUGGAAGCAUAGUGGAAUCAGGAGACCCCCAACAACCAUUCUUCUUUCAGCUUUAUGUCAACUCCGAGAGACACAAGACGACGGAGCUCCUACUCAAAGCUAAGGAACUAGGAAUUAAAGCAAUUUUCCUCACAGUAGAUGCACCGGUGCCCGGCAAGCGCGAAGCAGACGAACGCAUCGCGGCCGGAUCCAUUCAGUCCGCUAUCAGCGGAGCCAAAGCUACGAAUGACAAGAAAGGAGGCGGUCUUGGGCGUUUAAUGGCCCAAUACAUCGACAAGUCCCUUACGUGGUCCGACCUAGCUUGGAUCAAGGAGACCUCCGGACUUCCGAUUGUUCUCAAGGGAGUACAGAAUGUGCAAGAUGCAAAGAUGGCGGUUGAAUAUGGCGUUGAUGGUAUCAUGUUGAGCAAUCACGGUGGGAGAUCGCUAGACACAGCCCAGCCUGCUAUUCUGAACCUCGUAGAGCUCAGAAUGAAAGCGCCUGAAGUGUUCUCCAAGCUGGAAGUCUAUGUAGAUGGCGGCUUUGAGCGUGGCUCAGAUAUUCUCAAGGCCAUUGCACUUGGUGCAACUGCCGUGGGUGUUGGACGGCCGUACUUAUACUCCUUGGUCUAUGGUCAAGAAGGUGCCGAGCACUUGACACAGAUCUUGAAAGAUGAGAUCGAAGUUUCGAUGAGGUUAUGCGGAAUUACCGACCUGGAACAGGCUUCGCCGGACCUGCUUAAUACUUCCGACAUUAAUCAUCUAGUGAGGUCAUCGAACAAGUUCCCCGCCGUACCAUGGAAAGUUGAAAGAGCAAAACUAUAG